UGGAGCUUCAAGGUAAAGGAAAAACUAUUAUUGAGAUGAUUAGCACAGUAAACGCAUUCAAAAAGUAAAUUGCAACUUAUGAUAGAUCAACUGAAAAGAAUGGAACUGAAACAUUUUCCGUCUUUCAAAGCAAGGAUUCUUCAGUUGAAUUAUGAUACGUAUGAGGCUGAAUUAUCAAAUAUUUUGGGACAAUACGAAAUGCGUUUUUAUGAUUGUAGUAAAUUGGCAAAUAUAGCAUCAUUUAUGAGUUAUCCUUUUUCAUGUAAAAACAUUAAGGAAUUAGCUACUGAAAUAGCAAGUCAAUUUAAUAUGAACUCAUGUUCUGUUGAAAAUGAGUUGGUGCAGAUUAUAUAAGAAAUACAUCUCAAAGCUACAGCAUCUGAUACAAAUUUCUGGUGUUUUAUAUCUGAAGAUAAAUAUCCGAAUCUAAGGCAAUUCGCCCUUCAACUGACGGCAAUGUUUGGGGCACCUUACUUGUGCG